GUCGGGUCCCCUGGUGCGGCCACGCGGGAGUAGGAGGGUCGAAAGGGGAGGCUACCAGUGAAAUGGAGCCUGUCCCGUGCACUGUUGGGCAGUUCCAGCAUCUUGUGGGCGCUCCCAAGUCGCGGCCCCUCCUCUGAGAGCCACAGUCAGAAGGAACAGCAUUUCUGCCUUCCUGUUCACGGUGACUUUCGCUUGGCGUCCUCCUGGCCUCACCAACCUGACAAUUCUGUCGUGUCCUGGCAGGAGUACAGUGGUGAGAUCAUGGUUCACUGCACCAUUGACCUCCCUAGGCUCAGGUGUUCCUCCCACUUCAGUCUCCUGAAUAGCUUGGACUAUAGAGAGAUGGCUAAUGAAUGGCGCUUGAUGACAGAUGAGUAAUGCCUGUUGCUUAAAGAUUGACGGUAUGAGGCAAGACUCCCACUACUACUUAAUCAAGAGGAAUUGAGAUUGACUUACCCAUAAGUUCAGACAGUGUCUUGAAGAGACUUUGGGAACAAGAUAUUUAGGCACAUUUCACUGUUAGACUCACAGGAUGCUGGCCAUUGAUCUUUCCCUUUGUGAUCAUCUUUCUCAAGAUGUUUUCUGUCUUCAUGAGUCAAAAUUUGAAGAGGAAAGGAUGGUGGCUGGGUGGUUGACAAAUCACUCUCAGGACUCAGUGACCUUUGAGGAUGUGGCUGUGGACUUCACCCAGGAGGAGUGGACUUUGCUGGAUCAAACUCAGAGAAACUUAUACAGAGAUGUGAUGCUGGAGAACUAUAAGAAUCUAGUUGCAGUAGAUUGGGAGAGUCAUAUUAAUACCAAAUGGUCAGCACCUCAGCAGAAUUUUUUGCAGGGGAAAACAUCCAGUGUGGUGGAAAUGGAGAGAAACCAUUUUGGAGAGGAACUGUUUGACUUUAACCAAUGUGAAAAAGCCUUGAGUGAACACUCAUGCCUUAAGAUUCACAGGAGAACUUAUUUUAGAAAGAAAACCUGUGAGCGCAAUCAAUGUGAAAAAGCCUUCACAAAACCCUCUACCUUUACUUUACACAAGAAAACUGAUAUCGGAGAAGAACUUCCUAACUGUAAUCAAUGUGAAACAGCCUUCAGCCAACAUCUACAUCUUGUUUGCAAGAAAACUGGCCAAAAUCUACAUCUUGUUUGCAAGAAAACUCACACUCAAGAGAAACCAUAUAAGUGCAGUGACUGUGAAAAAGGCUUACCUUCCUCCUCACACCUCAGAGAAUGUGUAAGAAUUUAUGGUGGAGAGAGACCAUAUACUCAUAAGGAGUAUGUCAAAACCUUUUCUCAUUCUACAGGCCUUUUUGUACACAUGCAAACUCAAGAUGGAGAAAAAUUCUAUGAAUGUAAAGCAUGUGGGAAACCCUUCACUCAGUCUUCAUAUCUUACUCAACAUUUAAGAACUCAUAGUAGAGUGUUACCUAUAGAACAUAAGAAAUUUGGCAAAGUCUUUGCUUAUUCCCCAGAUCUUGCUAAACAUAUAAGACUUAGAACUAGAGGAAAACACUGUGUUUGUAAUGAAUGUGGCAAAGAAUUUACUUGUUUCUCAAAACUCAACAUUCACAUAAGGGUUCACACUGGAGAAAAACCAUAUGAGUGCAACAAAUGUGGGAAAACCUUCACUGAUUCAUCAGGUCUUAUAAAACACAGGCGAACUCACACUGGAGAAAAGCCUUAUGAAUGUAAGGAAUGUGGGAAAGCUUUCGCUAACUCUUCACAUCUUACUGUACAUAUGAGAACUCACACUGGUGAGAAGCCUUAUCAAUGUAAGGAAUGUGGGAAAGCCUUUAUUAAUUCCUCUUGCUUUAAAAGUCACAUGCAGACUCAUCCUGGUGUAAAACCCUAUGACUGUCAACAGUGUGGGAAAGCCUUCAUUCGAUCCUCAUUUCUUAUUCGACAUUUAAGAAGUCACAGUGCAGAAAGGCCUUUUGAAUGUGAGGAAUGUGGGAAAGCCUUUAGAUACUCCUCGCACCUUAGUCAACAUAAAAGAACACAUACAGGGGAGAGGCCAUAUAAAUGUCAAAAGUGUGGGCGAGCCUUCAGUAUCUCAUCAGGCCUUACAGUACACAUGAGAACUCACACUGGUGAACGGCCCUUUGAAUGUCAGGAACGUGGGAAAGCCUUUACUCGGUCCACAUAUCUUAUUCGACAUCUAAGAAGUCAUAGUGUGGAGAAACCAUAUAAGGAAUGUGGGCAAACCUUUAGUAAUUCCUCAUGCCUUACUGAAUGUGUGUGAAUUGGGGCUGAUACUUGGAAAGAAUGUGGUAAAGCCACUACUUCCUCACACUUACUGAACAUGUACUCAUUCAUAGUGGCAAGGUACACAGUCAGGGAAUGUGGGAAGCCUUCCUUGGUGUCUCAGACCUUAACAAUUCCAAUAGAAGAGAAGACAUGAAUGUAAGGAAUGUGGGAAAGUCUUGGCUCCUUCCAUAGGCCUUACUUACUAUUCAUGUGUCUGUGCAUCCUAGGAAACAAACUGAACGUAGGAAAUCAGUCAUUGCUUACAUCUUACUGAGUCUGUUUGAACUCAUGCUGGAGAGAAAUGCUAUGAAUGUGGGGAAGGUGGAAAAGCUUUCAUUAUUUUCCUCGGGCCUUACUGAGCUUGUGAGCACAUUGGAUGUAAAUGCACAUCCUCUGGAUAUAAGGAAUGUGUUGAAACCUUUCGCUCUGCCUUAUACCUUAAUAUUCAGCUGUGAUCUCACAAGUGUGAAAAAUCUUAUGAACGUAAGAUGUGUGGAGAUUCUUCUUUGUUUUUAGCUUCCACUUUGAGAACAUGUCAAAGCACACAUUGAGAAGUCCCAUGAGUGAAAGAGAUGUCGGAAAGCCCUUGAACUUGGUCAUUAGGAAACAUCCACACUGAAGAGGAACCUGACCAUGGAAGGUCAAAAAGGCUGUAUUAAUUUACACGCAAAAAGUCACACUAGAGGAAUGCCAUAUCAGAAUGCUUUUGGUAAAUAUACAUGUUUUAAAGAGGUCAUAUAUUAUUAAUAAAAAUAUCUAGCUGGUCUGAA